AACAUUUUUAUAAGUCAUUUCAUUUUAAUCGGCCGCACACUGACAACAGCAACGGCUGUGUCCACUCCAGAAUUAAGUUCUGGAAUAAUAUAUAUCCCCCUUCGUACUAAACUCCUCCAAAAAAAUCGAGAAUACAAUCCAGCUAGUCAAAUACAGUUUCAAUUACCGUUACACUCUACUGUCGGCAACGCUUUACAUAAGUACAUAUAUAGAUACUUAUAUAUAUAUAUAUAAAUAUUCUUUUUAUUUUAUUUUUUUUCCGAUUUUUGAAACCGCGUUUUAUUUCAAGCUCGUGCAUUCAGUUUGAAAUCAGCAGCUUUGCAACGCGCAUCAAGUGGAAAGUGAAGUUCUUCUACAAAAUAAAAGAAUACACAAUAAAUCCGUUGAUUUCAAUAAUACAUGAAAAAGUGCAACAAUUAAAAAAGUAAACAAAAUACAAAUACAUAAGCUUAAUAUUAUAAGAUUCAACUUCGGUUUCAGCUUUAAUAGCAGACUGAAAUCAGUUGCUUUCAGCCACAGACGAUCUACGUGCAACAUGCCGCAACAGCCACAGCCAUCAAAGUCGCAACGCAGUUAGGAAAUUUCAAACAAGACAAAGAGACAAUAAAAUCAGAGAGGAGAUAUAAGAGAAGGAAAGAGAGAAGAUAAUAGAAGUGAAGAGAGAGAAAGUCGCAGCGCUUUCACACAUUCCACAAAGACAACAAAAUGGUGCACGGUCCGCCAGGCCGAAGAAAAUCCCAACAACAACAUCAGCCGGGAAACGGAAAUGCAAUCUGUGAAAUGGAAAUGGAUUCAAUGCCCACGCCCCCCGAUGGAGGUUGGGGUUGGGUAGUCGUCUUUGGUUCCUUCAUGAUACACGUUGUCACUGAUGGCAUGACGUAUUCCUUUGGCAUAUUCUUUGAUGAGUUUCUUCUGUACUUCAAUGAGGGUAGAGGCUAUACCGCCUGGAUAGCAUCUAUAAUGGUGGGUGUUACAUUCGCAUCAGGUCCUAUCAGUUCGUCCUUUGUAAAUCGGUACGGUUGUCGAGCGGUUACCAUUGCGGGGGCAAUUCUGGCAGCGGGUUUCCUCAUUGGCAGCAUGUUUGCCCAGAAUGUGGCCACGCUAAUAGUCACCAUUGGCUUUGGUACUGGUCUGGGAUUCGGUCUCAUCUAUUUACCGGCGAUUGUCAGUGUGACACAAUACUUUGAGGCGAAACGUUCCCUUGCCACGGGUAUCGCCGUCUGUGGUUCAGGAUUUGGCACUUUUGUCUUUGCCCCUUUGACGUCGGCACUUAUUGGUAGCUAUGGCUGGCGUGGUGCGAUGUUAAUCAUUGGCGGUCUCAUGCUCAAUUGCAUCAUAUUUGGGGCAAUGUUUAGGCCACUGGAGGCGCCACAGCCCAAAGCUGCCAAGCAGGCAAAAAAAGCAACAAUUAAAGAUCAAAAUGCGACACCAGCUGAGCUGGAACCGCUGAAAUCGAAACCCGUUACGGAUCAGUAUCUGCAGCUACCGCAACGCCCAGAUGCACCAGCCAUUGUGGGUGGUGGUUCCGCUGCCAACGGACUCUGUCGCUCCAACAGUGUGGGACACAACCUUAAGCCGGGUCUGAACAACAACUCAAAUGGGUUGGGCCUGGUGAAUGGACAGGCGCUGACCACCGCCACGACGGUGGUGAAGAGCAACAGCAAUGAUGACAUCGCUCGCACAUUCGCCAGUCAGCCGCAGUUGAUGCCGCUCCGGGAUUCGCAUCGGGAGCGUAGCGCCAGCGGUACCAUGUACCGACCGGAUGCGCUCUACCAGGGCUCUCUGCACAAUAUACCCGAGUAUACCAGCUCACGUAAUGAUCUCUCCCGCUCACGUUCCGGUUCCGGCGCCAUCAAGCGGUACGGCUCCCUACGCCAGAGUCAUCCGCUGGGUCAGAGUCAGGAACUGACCAAAUGCUGUGGCUGCAUCAGCUGCUCGAAGGAAACGCGCGACACGUUCGCCGAAAUGAUGAACUUCUCACUUAUGAAGGACAUCAUAUUUGUCAUAUUCGCCGUCUCGAAUUUCUGCACAAGUAUCGGUUUCAAUUUGCCAUAUCUGUAUAUAGGAGCCCAGGCGAAGACUCUUGGUAUUGAUAAGACUGACGCCAGCUAUCUGAUCGCCACCAUAGGCGUGGCCAACACCAUAGGACGCAUCAUCUUGGGCUACAUUUCGGACAAGCCGUGGGUGAAUCGUUUGCUCAUCUACAACCUCUGUCUCACUGCCUGCGGCAUCUCUACAGCGAUGGUGCCACUGUGCACGGACUACUGGUCACUAAUGGUGUACUGUUCGGUGUUUGGGUUCACGAUCGGCGCUUAUGUGGGCCUGACAUCCGUAAUACUCGUCGAUCUGCUCGGUCUGGAUAAGUUGACCAAUGCAUUUGGUCUGCUGUUGCUCUUCCAGGGUAUUGCCAGCUUCAUUGGCGCGCCUAUUGGCGGCUGGUUGUUUGACAUAACGAAAUCGUAUACGGGCGCGUUCCUUAUGGCCGGAGUGAUGAUAGCCCUCAGUGGCCUGGUCAUGUUUGUCAUUCCCCCCCUGCAGCGCUAUCAGAACCACAAGGCCGAGCGAAAGCUCAAUUCGGAGCAGUUGGCGCUUAGUUAGCUUCUCUCUCCCCGAAAAUAUUGGGGGGGAGGGGACUCUAGGGGGUUACAGGAUGCGAAGAGCGCACAUAAUGCUCAACUCCAAUCAUUGACUUUUUCGUAUACAACAUUUACGAUUAUUAUUAUUGUUAAUUAUUCUAAUUGUUUUUUUUUUUUGCUCUUAAAGUAUAAGGGAAAUUUUUAUAACAAUGAUAAAAAA